AUGGGUUCAGUGACUGUUCAAUUACUUCAAGCCAAAUCACGAAUAACUCCAACGAAGACUAUUACUAUACCACGACUUGAACUAAUGGCUGCUACCAUAGGUGCUAGGCUGUUUAGUUCUGUGAAGCAAGCUCUAAAACUUCCCAACAUCAAGACUUACUUUUGGACAGAUUCUUCCACAGUUCUUGUGUGGAUAACUCGUCGAGAACAGUGGUCGGUAUUCGUUACAAACAGAAUAAGUGAAAUUAGAAAAUUGACAAUUUCGGAAGAUUGGUUCCAUAUUUCAACUGACCAGAAUCCAGCAGACAUUUUGUCAAGAGGUUGUGGACCUAGGCAACUUCAGAAACGCAAGUGGUGGCAAGGGCCAGCCUGGUUGAAGAAUCCGAAGGAGCAGUGGCCAAAGUCAGCUGUAAAUAUUAACGAAAAAGAAGUAGAGAUAGAGAAACGAAAUUUAUUUUCACCAUCAACUGUAAUGUAUGGUAUUGUAAUGUCAUUGUCAUCAUCAGUAACUGUAUCUUUCGGCCCACAGUUCUCUAUGCCUUAA